AUGCGCCGAAACCAACCUGAGUUCGCAAGAAGUCGCUUACCUUUGCUGUCUAAAGCGAGUUAAUGGUUUCUAAAGGACAGGAGGAACACUGUACAGCCCUGGCGGUGCAUCCAUCAGCGUUAAACACCGAGAAACUGCACAUAACAUGGGAAAGUACGCUGGCUGAUGUUGCUAGCCUGGGUCAAUGAUUAGCUUGGCUAGCGUUAGUUGUUGACGUAAGGUCAGACACGUUUGGUCCGUUUAGCGAGACACGAAGUGAAACAGGGAGAACAUGACAGCGCUAAAAUUUUGUGCCAACAUCUCAUGGCUUUUCACCGAACUGCCAGAAUUCAGCCAGCGAGCGCAAGCUGCCGCCCGAGCCGGUUUCCAGGCGGUGGAAGCGGCGUGGCUGUACGAUUCAGACCCGGGAGAGCUGCGGAAAGUGACGGAACAAACAGGGCUGGAAGUGGCGCUUAUAAACACUCCCCCGGGUGAUUUAAAGAGUGGUGACUUGGGUCUGGGUGCUGUCCCUGGGAGGGAGCAAGACUUCAGGCAGGGUUUGGCUUUGGCCAUUAACUUCGCUAAAACAUUGGACUGCAAGAGGAUCCACGUGAUGGCUGGGAGAGUACCUGCAGGACUGCAACGUUCUGCCACUUCAAUGGAGAUGGAGGCCACAUUUGUACAGAACCUAAGAUAUGCUGCUGAUGUCCUUGCAAAGGAGGGGAUUCUUGGCUUGAUUGAGCCAAUUAACACAAGGGUAACUGAUCCUCAGUAUUUCCUGGACUCACCACAUCAAGCGGCUGAAAUCCUUCAGAAGGUUGACCGCCCGAACAUCAAGCUGCAAAUGGACGUUUACCACUGGCAGAUAAUGGAUGGGAACCUGACCCAGAACAUUCAAAAAUACUUCCCCCUCAUAGGUCAUGUCCAGGUCGCCCAGGUUCCUGACCGCCAUGAACCAGACAGUCCAGGAGAGGUCAACUUCCCUUACCUCUUUAACCUGCUGGAAAAGCUGGGCUACCAGGGAUAUGUGGGCUGUGAAUACAAACCAAUGGGCUCCACAGAAGCAGGCCUGGAUUGGGUGAGGAAGUACUGGGGGGGCAAAAAGUGAGAGAAACUGCAGUUUUUCACAAUCAAGAUUGAGCUUUUGUAGGACACAAUGGAACAACACCUUCCCCUCCCCCUCCUCUACACCAUCAGCAACAUUUAAUCUUGGACGAAUCUCUUGCCCACGUUUAAAGUGUGGCUGUUGUGCAGGGGGAAAUCAGGCUGUUCAGCACGUGUCUGUGCACAGAAAUCAUGGCCAGCAAAUGCAUGCAUAUUUGGAGAAAUUGGGGCAGUAAUUACACACAUAUUUACUGAUAGGCUUGUUUAGAUGGAGCCUCUUGUCUGCUGGAGAUAAGCCUGGAAUUGAACACUUUUAUCAAGGACUUCCUUCACCAACCAGCGUAAUAAAUGCUCAAGAAUAAUACUAGGAAGUUAUUAUAUACAAGUCCUUAUUUGCAUCAUCAAGCAAAAUCCUGUUUAUGGUGACCUGUUAGUUCUGUCUUUCAAAGCACUGUAUUAAACACAACAUUGGUUAUUAA